CUCACCUCUCACCGUCUGCUCUGUGGCUCCCAGUGCUGACUCUGGAAGGUACUUCAUCUUGGGUAGAAGAUGUGUGAUCAGACCUUUCUUGCUAAUGUAUUUGGCUCAUGUGACAAAUGUUUCAAACAAAGAGCUCUGAGACCAGUUUUCAAGAAAUCUCAACAACUCAGCUACUGUUCAACAUGUGCAGAAAUCGUGGCCUCAGAAGGCACACACGGCAAUGAGCUCAUCUCCUCCUUAGAAAGCCAACUAAUGAAUGCAGAGGGAAGGGUGGACUGAGAAAGAUCACCACUUAGGGAAGUGGGGAUGCACCAGGUGGCGGAGCGGGUAGAGGCCCUGGGGCAGUUUGUCAUGAAGACCAGAAGGACCCUCAAAGGCCAUGGGAACAAAGUCCUGUGCAUGGACUGGUGCAAAGAUAAGAGGAGGAUCGUGAGCUCGUCACAGGAUGGGAAGGUGAUCGUGUGGGAUUCCUUCACCACGAAUAAGGAGCACGCGGUCACUAUGCCCUGCACGUGGGUGAUGGCAUGUGCUUAUGCCCCAUCGGGAUGUGCCAUUGCUUGUGGUGGUUUGGAUAAUAAGUGUUCUGUGUAUCCCUUGACGUUUGACAAAAAUGAAAACAUGGCUGCCAAAAAGAAGUCUGUUGCUAUGCACACCAACUACCUGUCGGCCUGCAGCUUCACCAACUCUGACAUGCAGAUCCUGACAGCGAGCGGCGAUGGCACGUGUGCCCUGUGGGAUGUGGAGAGCGGGCAGCUACUGCAGAGCUUCCACGGACAUGGGGCUGACGUCCUCUGCUUGGACCUGGCCCCCUCAGAAACUGGAAACACCUUCGUGUCUGGGGGAUGUGACAAGAAAGCCAUGGUGUGGGACAUGCGCUCCGGUCAGUGUGUGCAGGCCUUUGAAACACAUGAAUCUGACAUCAACAGUGUCCGGUACUACCCCAGUGGAGAUGCCUUUGCUUCAGGGUCAGAUGAUGCUACGUGUCGCCUCUAUGACCUGCGGGCAGACAGGGAGGUCGCCAUCUAUUCCAAAGAGAGUAUCAUAUUUGGAGCAUCCAGCGUGGACUUCUCCCUCAGUGGUCGCCUGCUGUUUGCUGGAUACAAUGAUUACACUAUCAACGUCUGGGAUGUUCUCAAAGGGUCCCGGGUCUCCAUCCUGUUUGGCCAUGAAAACCGCGUUAGCACUCUACGAGUUUCGCCCGAUGGGACUGCUUUCUGCUCAGGAUCAUGGGAUCAUACCCUCAGAGUCUGGGCCUAAUCAUCUCACAAUGCACUCAUGUAUACCUGAGAAUUUGAAAUCUUCACAUGUAAAUAGAUAUUACUUCUAGAGGAGCUUAGGGUUUACUGCGGUUUAGCUUAGGGGAGUAACCAUGGCUCACAGGUCACUAAGCGUCUCCAAUAUGACUAUUAAAACUGUCACCUCUGGAAAUACACUAGUGUGAGCCUUCAGCACUGCGAGAAUACCUUCAAGUACAAUACCUUCAAGUUCUUUUGGAACACUUUAAAAUGUAUCUGUUUUUAAGGUUAUUCUAAAUUAUAGUAGCCUCAACUCAUUCUGUCACCAGUAGAAUUCAGCAGUUAAUAUAGUCCGUAUUAUUUCUUUGAGUCAAUUCAUUUUCAGAGCACUUUAAAGUCUGAUAUUUCUUGUGCACUGUGAUGCCUGGAACCUUCGUCUGGAAGUGCUGGUUUUAUGGACUGAGGACUGGUAACUGGUCUGGAUAGAAGCAAAUUCCAAUUCCAAAUGUAAUCAGACAAAAGUCACUUUUUUUAGAAUGUUUUUAUUGUAAAAGUGUCUUCUUCAGCUUCC